CGCACGCGCACACACGAGCGCUGAGGUCACGAUGACUGGGACUGGACUUUCCAGCAGUCACGAGCGCUCCCUCGCCUAGCUUCCGGCUGCUAUGGGAACGAACGCCCCCUCGGCCUUGAACCUGCCGGCUCUCCGGGGCGGGGCGGGGCCAAUGAGGAGGCUUGCCCCACCCCCGCCCCCGCGCUGGGAGCUCCCUUAGCGGCCGCAGCCGCCGGCCCGAGGGCGGAGCCAGGCGUUUGCCGGCGUCUUCUACCGGAGGGAGGGGAGGGAGGGGCCCGGACGGGCAGGCGGUUUGCGGGAUGGCUGCGUCAGAAGAGGCCCCACCGGCGGGGAGCCCAGAGGAGGCGGCCUGGCUGGCGCGCGCCGUGCGGGCCCUUGGGUGCGCGGCAGGCUCCCCGGGGAAGGAGCCCCGGUCGGAGGCGGAGGCAGGCGCGAGGCUAGCGGAGGCCGCGGCCCGCGGAGCGUCGUGCGCCCACUUCCGAGCCUUGUGCGCACGUCUGGCGGCCGAGCUAGGCGCGCUGGGGGCCCUGAAAGAAGGGGCGGUCCUGAACGCCGGAGACGCCGACGGCCCCGAAACGGAGGACUGCUUCCUGCUGGAGCUGAGCGGCCUGCUGCGGGAGCUCCAAUGCCCAGACCGGGCCCUCACCACGGGGAACCCCACAACUCGGCUCCGGGCCCCCGGCAACGGCCUGCGCCUGCUUCGCUUCCUCUGCUCAGAGCUCCAGGCAGCUCGACUCUUGAGCCUUCGAAGCCCACCCGACUCCUCCCAUGCUGAGGCCCGGGAAAAAGCUCAGGGAGAGCUGGCCCUGAUUCUCCAAGCUCUGGGGAUGCCCCAGCCGGAGCCAGGCACCCCAGCCAGCCAGGUGCUGAGAGAGGUUCAUUCGAAGAUCUCAGACUUGCUUCCCUCCCUGCCCCCUGGUCACCUGGACCCCCUACUCACUCAGCCUCUGGAUGCUCCUCGAUGGGAGGCCCUGAGUACCCUCUCCAGCUGCCUUCGGGAUCAGUACUGCUACCGCCGUCGUCUCAUGCUGACCAGGCUGGAUCUCACAGCAUCUGCCUUCCAUUGGACAGAGCGGGCCCAGAGCCAGGGCACUGCCAUGACAAAUGUCUUGAAGCCCCUACGUCAGGGGUUGGCCCCUGAGUCUGGUGUCUCCCUUGCCCACGUCUUGGCUUCCAGGGCUGACCUCUCCCGACUGGUCCCAGCCACAGGGCAGACUGCCCGUCUGACUACCUGCUGCCCCAUCAACAAGGUGCUGAUGGGCCCAGUCCCUGACAGAGGGGGCCGGCCCAAUGAUCUGGAAGCCCCUAUGCCCAGCUGGCAGAGCCGCAGGGAAGGGGGGCACCAGCACUGGGGACGGAAGAAGAAGAGACGGUGAACAGGAUGCUGUCCCCCAUAUCAUGGCCCAUCUGGAGCCCUUUGUCUCUGUCAGGGGCUGAAGGACCCCAGGGUGUGCAUCCAGUUUUCCACUCAGUUCCCAUCCCCAGCAAAGCCAAGCUCUCUGGAAAAAUAGAUUUAAUUUACAAUA